GAUCAUGACCUGAGCGGAAGUCAGACGCUCAACCAACUGAGGUGCCCCAAAUCAAGAUUUUUAGUAUAUGUAGGUACUAGGCUUAGUACUUACUCUUCCACCACCUCUCUCCCGCCUCCUUUCAUAUCACUGUGCCUACAUCAAAAAAUCUUCUAAGGCCAGCCUCUCUGAUCUUCCUUUCCAGAGGGCUAAAGACAAAGCUCUUCUCACCAGCCCCCUGCCCUUUUUUAGUUUCCUGAGGUUAGCUGUGGCAGCGAGAUGAAAGGACAGGCCUCUCCUGUCGCCUGACAGUUACUCAUCCUUUAAUCAGUCCAGGUAUCACUUCUUCCAAAAAGCCCACUCUCCCUCCCUGAUCUUUCCCUUCUUGCUGUGCACCAAGCCAUGGGGCCACUUUUGACCCUAUAUACCGUAGUUGACUGAUGGGAGGCAGUGACCAGCUGUGAAGGACACAGGUUCUGGAAUCAGAUACGCUCAGGUCUGAAACCCAGCUCCCCCUCCCACAAGAUAGGACUCGGAACCAGGGACUUAACCACUCUGGGCUUUAGUUUCCUCACCUGUAAAAUGUGGCUAAUAAUAGUGCUUUACUGUCUAAAACUGUUGAGAGGAAUGGAUGAAUUAACACGUGGCAGUAAUGUGUGCCAUACCUCACUGGUCCCGGCGCCCAGCUCAAACCGUAAAUAGUAAACAGCUGAGUGGCUACAGCAGCGUCAGGCCCGCCAAUGAUGCGCUGGGAGGAAAUGAAGUCUUGUGCCUGGGGUUUGAGGCUCUCCAGCUUUCUCCGCGUCGGGUUUGCGCUUUCCCGGGUGGGGCGGGACCCUCGGAUUGAGUGACGGCUGGUGGCCCGCCCCGGGCGUGACGUAGUCCUAGUGUUGUUGCUGAGGCCGCACGUGGUCAGCUGAGUCCGCUUCAGACUUAGCUGCACUCCGCGUCCUCUGCACGAGCCGAUUGCCUACCUGCUUGUCCCGUUCGCUAUGUCCACAUCCACGAGCUGCCCGAUUCCCGGGGGCAGGGACCGGCUGCCCGACUGCUACAGCACCACGCCUGGGGGCACGCUAUACGCCACUACCCCAGGAGGCACCAGGAUCAUCUACGACCGAAAGUUCCUGCUGGAGUGCAAGAACUCACCCAUUGCCCGGACACCCCCCUGCUGCCUCCCUCAGAUUCCCGGGGUCACAACUCCUCCAACAGCCCCACCCUCCAAGCUGGAGGAGCUGAAGGAGCAGAAGGAGACAGAGGAAGAGAUACCCGAUGACGCACAAUUUGAAAUGGACAUCUGAUCCAGUGCAGACGAUCCCGUGUGGAGUUAGAGGAAUCCCUCAUGCCGCUGCUGCCAUCACCUCUUCCUGGGGUAUUCCAAACGUCAGUUGGCCUCAUCUAAUUUGGAAGGGAGUGACUUGUUGGUUUCAGGCCUCCCUUAAUUCUGAAGCAGCUAGACCAGGGAUAGGAGUGGGCAACUUGCCAAGCCCUUAGCUCUACUUUCCCUUUGGUCUGUAGGUACUCCUCCCAGCUCCCAGCCCUCCGUCAUCAGGGACUGAGGCUGGGACCGAGGGAUGGAGUAUGUCACUGUCUGACUACUUAGUAAACAUUCAAAGAAAUGCCUUGA